AUUAUGGCUUCUCUUUUUCUAUCCAAAUUUUCUUUCUUUCCUUUACUAAUAAUAAUAACUUUAUUUUUUCACUCUUCUCAUUGUGAUGUCCUAACAAAAUGUCGCAUCACAUCACUUUUCCAGUUCGGCGAUUCUAUUGCCGAUGCUGGAAACGUGAUCCGCAUACCUGGUGCCGUCAUAUCGGCCCAGGCUUGGGGUCUACCUUAUGGUGAAACCUUUUUUCAUAAACCUACUGGACGUUUUUCUGAUGGUCGUAUUAUUGCUGAUUACAUUGCCUCUGCUCUCAAUCUCCCAUUCCUCAAUCCUUACAUGGACAAAUCAGGUGUUUCCUUUAGUCAAGGUGCUAAUUUCGCCGUUGCUGGUGCAACGGCGAUGAAUAACUCUUUUUUGGCGGAGAGGGGCAUUGGAUUUGUCCCGUUCAACGUUCCUCUCCCCAGUCAAUUAGAGUGGUUUAAAUCUCACCUCCAGUCAACAUAUGGGUCCAAGUGUGCUAGAACUCUACGAAACUCUCUUGUAGUAUUGGGAGAGUUUGGUGGAGUUGAUUAUUGGAAUGCUUUAGCGGGAAAUAAACCUGAACCUGAGGUACGUACAUAUGUACCUUUAAUUAUUGAUGGCAUUAUGAGUGCCAUCAAAGAGGUGAUCCAAUUAGGAUCAACUCGCAUUUUGGUUCCAGGAGUUUUCCCUUUUGGGUGUCUAUCAGCAUACCUAACAAGAUUUCCUGACACGAAUCCAAAUGCUUACGAUCAAUUUGGUUGUUUGAAAUUUUAUAAUAGUUUCGCUACGUACCACAAUACUGAGCUAAAGAAGGCUCUAGAAAAUCUACAAUGUGAGUUCCCACGUGUUAAAAUUGUCUAUGGGGAUUACUAUGGUGGGUUCAGACUUAUUUUUCGAUAUGCAUCUUGGUUGGGAUUUAAUCCAAAUACAUUGGUAUCGGCAUGUUGUGGAAGUGGAGGACGAUACAAUACAGCCGGGGGAUGUGGGACACCUAGUACCAAUGUAUGUCCUAACCCGUCCCAAUACGUCAAUUGGGACGGGCUUCAUCUGACAGAUGAAGCUUAUCAUCGUAUUUCUAACGUUGUUAUCAACAAUAUGCUUCCAAAAUUUGGGUGUUACGGACUUGGAAAUUCGAGUGUAAUGUCUAGUUAUUGA